AUGUACCAAAGGGGUCUUUCCGCGUUUCACUUUUUCUCCAGAUCCCGCAUAAACCACAAUCAUUACUAUCAAUGUGGUGAGAGUGUAUAUAAAACAACCGGAGCUAUAGCUGGCGCACCCCACAUUACCAGAUUUGGAUUCUUAAAAGUUAUUUUAACUAUUGCACCAUUUCUUUUUGGCGGAGCUUACAUAAGUAAACAGGGUGCCAAAUUUCUCGAGGACAACGAAAUAUUUGUUCCAGAAGAAGACUGA